GACGUUUCCCAUAAAAAAGUCACAAAAUGAAAAAUUAUAGCAAAAUCUAAAACGUAAAGCAUUAUUUUUAUUUGUCUUUAUUAUAAACUAAUAGUUGGAUUAAGAAUUAAUUGGAUAGUAUAAAGCAGUAAUAAAGCUUUAUGAAAAUAUAAAAUGGGUGGUAAAGUCAAGCAGAGUCAAAGGACUAAAAACAAUGUCAGGCCUUCAAGUAGUGGUCGCAGUGCGGAGUUGCUGAGCAGUGGGGGGCUGGGCCCGGCGCCGGUGCUGGCCUCAGGGCUGGCCUCGGCGGUGACGGGCAAGCCGCUGCCCGCGCUGUUCCCCACGCUCGCCGCCGCCUCCACCGACCACUACCUCAACACCGACUUCAUGUUGUGCAUCAAGAAAUUAAACAAGAAAGAUCCCAUUACUAAAACUAAGGCUCUGCAGGAGCUGACAGAUCUGGUGAACAAGAACACCAGUGAAGAGGCGGUGGCUUUGCUACCAUUCUGGACGAGGCUGUACCGCACCCUGUCUACGGACCCCGACCACAAGGUGCGGGAGGUCACACAGGUGUGCCACGGCGCCAUAGCGGCGCGGUGCGGGCGCGCGCUGGGCGGCUCGCUGCGGGCGCUGCUGCCGCCCUGGCUGCACGCGCAGCACGACACCGCGCCCGCCGCCGCCGCCGCCGCCGAGCAGGCGCUGCGAAACACCUUCCCCGAGAAGAAGUUGCCAGAAGUGAUAUCUUUCUGCAAGGCCGAAGUGGUGGCGUAUAUACUUGAAAAUCUCAUCGGAAACACAGAGGCGUCAUUGCAAAACAAGGGCGACUCAGCGGAGCAGGUGGCGGUGCACUACGAGCGCAUCGUGAUCGCCUCCCUUCAAGGAUUGCAGGUGCUGUCUAUCCGACUGCCGCGCGCGCACGACGCGUGGCUGUGGGCCGAGCUGCGCCCGCUGUUAGACGCGGGGAAGUUCUGGAAGCUUCCAGCGGGCAACAGCGCACAGAUACGAGCGUCAUUCUUCUCUGCCCUGGGCUGCAUCCUGGAGCGGUUCCCGUCCGAGUUCGGCGCCUCCCACGGCAAGAGGACACUGCGACUGUUACUGCAGGCCAGCAGGGAGCGCGCGCCGUGGACCUGCUUGCUGCAGCUCAUGCACCACGCAGAGAAUUGGCAGCAGUGGUUAGAUGACAAAAACCUUCUCACCAAAAGAAUAUUUGAAAUAUUAGAAAACGGUGGGUGGGGAGACGCGAAGAAUCUAUCGACCAUGAUCCUGCCGCUACUAGCGAACCUACCGGCGGAUUUGAGAACUCAACAGUUCUAUGAAAAGUUCUUCAAUGCACUAUUCAUUGGGUUAAGCAAGAAAGCAAUCUUCAGUUCUAAAAGCGAAAGACAAUCGUGGAUCACAAGUAUAGCGGAGUGUCUACGAUACGUGUCCAUACAAGACGAAAGCUUCUCGCUGGAAGUCACUACGUCUGUACACAGAACAUGGCUAGAGAAAAUAUUGUCUACAGCUAAUGAUACCCAACUGCGAUCACAUUUGAUCAAAUAUUCGGUUGCCUCAAUGGUUUCAAUAAUCAAAUAUUGGCUCAAACAGUCCAAGGAAGAUGGCGGAGAGAAAUACGAUCAGCUCGUGAGAAACUUCUGGCAAAACGUUGGAUCGAUGGUGUUGGGACAAAUCGACAAACUGUCGACGGAUCACGAAGAAAUCGCGCACUUGAUAGAGGGACACAUACUACUCAUGCAAGCGUUGAAAACCUCCUUCGUACAGGAACCUAAGAAGAAGCAAAGCAUCAAGUUUGAUAUCGACACAACUGACGGGCCAAAGGACGAAGAAACUACGGAAGUGUGCGACAUAUCCAGCCUAGAACGAUACUCGCACAACCUCAACGAAACCGCCUACAGAAUAUGUGCCAAUUACCUCGAGUUUGCGGAGAGUAAGCAAGUCAGCGAGGCGGUGAUAACCCCGCUACUGACACUUAUUAGAGAGUUUGACAGUAAACAGCUGUUUUUGGCUGUCGCAAGGCAUUUAUCCGCGAGUGAAGAGGCGAGCGUGUUCGGAUUAUACGAUGGCAAGUUGCGUGUGUGGUUGUCUGGAGACACCAUGCGUUGUGGUGCAGUGGUGGACGUCGUGUUUGUGUUGCUCAAACAUCUGUCUGAAGACGAACAGGAUCGCUUAUUGGCUAGUUUUAAACAGUUCCCGCCAUCAGUGGUGGAAUCCUGCGUGUCAAUCUGCGUGAGUCACCCGCACAACACCCUCGCCUCAGUCAAGCGCUUCCUUCACUCGCGACUCGCGGAGGAGUCACUUGUAGCGGCGACCCGGCGGCUGCUGGCGGGCGACUCGCGCGCGAGGGGGCUGCUGUUGGCGGCGCUACAUGCCGGGGAUGAUUCACAGAUGCUGAUCUCCGCGUCCGCCAUCUCUUCCAUCCUCUCCCUCUUCACGUCAACCCUCGACCCGGCACUGCCGACACUACAGCAGUGCGCCUCCGUAGCCGCCUUGGUUCUAAGCGCCGUGUUGGCUGAUGCGACGGGUGUGGAGUACAGGCCGCUCAUGUGCAAGCUGUUCUAUUUGAAUCUGGCUAUUAAGCUAGGCGACGGCCGCCUGGGCGCGGACUCGUGGCGCGAGGCGCGCGCGGCGUGGCUGGACGGGCUGGCCGCGCUAUCACCUGCUGAGGCAGAAGGCUUCGUGGAAGAAGCAAGAGGGAUAGUGCAUAGAUGUCGCGCUGACUUGUCUAGGAGGCGUGGACUCGUGGAGUCGGCGUGGCUGGACGGGCUGGCCGCGCUGCCACCCGCUGACGCUGAGGGCUUCGUGGACGAGGCCAGGGGGAUAGUGCAUAGAUGUCGCGCUGACUUGAAAAAGAAACUCAACUUGUUGAAGAUCGAGCACAUGGCAUCCUUGUGUCCGCACCUCAUCAGGAACCUCGAGGAGUUGGACCCGAAAGAGAACAUCGAACAAAUAGUCACGUUCACCAAACAACUGUUCGAAUUCCCACCAGAACCCGACCACACGCCCGUAGAAUUCUACGCCUUGCGCCUCGACUGCAUAAAGGGCAAUUUGCAAUGUCCCUUCGACGACGAUAACGAUAUAAUUAAAAAAGUAAUCGACGAAUCAUCACAGAAUACCUCAGAGGAGUUGAGCAAAGAGGUCCUUUUGUCACAUGUGAAUAAGGUUUUAUUCCGCGCGUUUUAUCUAAAGACGCUUAUGUUGAGGAAAGUCGGUGGUGAAGAUGAUGAUGAUGAUGAUGAAGAGACAGGCGGUGAAGUGUGGUGUGAUGCUUUAUUGGAUGAUGAGUACAUGUCGCAACAGUUUGCUACUCUGUUGUAUGAUCGAGCUGUGUUGGAGACGCUGAAAGAAGGAUAUGCUUUCUGGCCAGACUACGAGACAAUAACCAGCGCCCUCUCGCGUCUAAACCUGCUAAUAGACGACGUGAUCGCUGCGACAUCUGUUGACGCGAGGCAGCGACAGUGGCGCCGCCUGCGCGCCACCGCGGCCGCAGACGGGUACUACUGGGCGUAUGCUGCUAGGUACUACUCCGUGAAGUGUUCCAUUGAAGAAGAAACCCAAGAGUCGGACAAUCUCGAGAACACCGUCGAGGGGCUUUCGGGCAACGGAUUCUUCCACUCCCUGCAGGCUGCCACAAAAUCCCUCCCCACUGACGACGACGACUCAAUCCUCCGAGCCAAGUUCCUGCUCAUGGUGCGAGCAAUAUUCCUCGCGCAUGCGCACGACGCCGCUGUGUUGGACGCCACGUGGAUGAGCGAGCUGGCACGAUGUCGGAGCGAGAUAGAGGAUAACCAGCCGGGAGGGGGGCUGGAUGUGGUGGUGAAUCUGUAUUAUAGACAUAACGGGGUUAUGCUGUAUGAGACCCCGCUCCACCUCGCCCCCUGGCGGCAAGUCCUCAGCAACUCUGCCAUCGUAGACUACCUAACAGAACUGGUGUCGCGCCGCGGCUGGGGGCUGCCCGCGCCGCACUGGGACUUCGCUACUAUUACACUGUGUUCCGUUGUGAAUUCUGUGGAGAAGAGCAAGGAGCUUUGGGGGAGUCCUAAGGUAUCCCUCCUAACCACUUCAAUCCUGCGUCUCUACACCACCAUAUCGUCCUUCAUCACGGCCGUGCCCGCCACCUCAUUACAGCGGCAGCCGAGUGCCCACGUCGCUCACUUGCCUAGUGAAUGGGCGGAUAUAUUCGCUCCGGAUGUCACGGUCAACUUGUAUAGUUUGCUGACGCAUGUUCUGGACUCUGCCCCCACAACUCCCAUCACCUCCACCCACAUCCCUCCCCUCUCCCUGCUCUCCCUCUCCCCCCCGCCCCACGCCUCCCUCCCCGCCCCGUACCGCGCGGGGGUAUACGCGUUACGCCCUCUAGUGGACAAGUGUACGCGCGUGUUGGAAGCCCCGACGCACCACGCGUAUAAGUAUGCGGCGUAUUAUGUGUUAAGGAUGUUGGAGAAGCCGCUCGUGUUGGAUGAUGCUGACCGCCUCCUCCAGUGGAGUGCCUCAGAUUCGGCGGAGGCCUCCCCCUCCCACUCCCCCGCCCCCCCCGCGGCCCCCCGCCCCGACUUCAACCCCACGCUGUUGUUGGAUGCCAUGACCAGACUGCAGGGGUUGGUCGAUGCGGCUCUUGGGGCUGUGAAAGUGGGCGAGGAGUCGUGCGUGGUGGUGCCGUGGUCGGACAGCUACAGCCUGUGCCUCGGCGCGCUGCUGCUGGGACAGCUCGCGGGCCGCGGCGCCGCGCUCGCCAGGGACGACCUCGUGCACCAGUACAUCAGUAUCUACAGCUACAGCCUGUGCCUCGGCGCGCUGCUGCUGGGACAGCUCGCGGGCCGCGGCGCCGCGCUCGCCAGGGACGACCUCGUGCACCAGUACAUCAGUAUCUACAGCUACAGCCUGUGCCUCGGCGCGCUGCUGCUGGGACAGCUCGCGGGCCGCGGCGCCGCGCUCGCCAGGGACGACCUCGUGCACCAGUACAUCAGUAUCUACAGCUACAGCCUGUGCCUCGGCGCGCUGCUGCUGGGACAGCUCGCGGGCCGCGGCGCCGCGCUCGCCAGGGACGACCUCGUGCACCAGUACAUCAGUAUCUACAGACAGCUACAGCCUGUGCCUCGGCGCGCUGCUGCUGGGACAGCUCGCGGGCCGCGGCGCCGCGCUCGCCAGGGACGACCUCGUGCACCAGUACAUCAGUAUCUACAGGUAACUACAGCUACAGCUACAGGUAACUACGGCUACAGCCUGUGCCUCGGCGCGCUGCUGCUGGGACAGCUCGCGGGCCGCGGCGCCGCGCUCGCCAGGGACGACCUCGUGCACCAGUACAUCAGUAUCUACAGAGACAGCAAGUUCGCCGAGAUGGCUCUCUCCAACAGCAUGCGCCUUCUCCCCGAGGCGGCGCUGGCGCGGGACGCCGCGCGCGACCCGGCGCGGGACGCCCUGCCGCCGGAUGUGCUGCAGAUGUUUCUUACAGAGCAUGAGUGCAGAUUUGAGGAACCGCCAUCCCCCUCGCACCUAAGCUCUCUCUCUUGCCGGGUAUUCUACUUAGCCUUCUCCGGGCUAACAUCGGGGGCGGCGCGCGGCUGGGCGGGCGGCCUGCCGGGGCGCGCCGCCCCCGCCCUGGCGCGGCUGGUGCGACUGGCGGUCACGCCUAGUGUGGUGAAGAAGCAGCUGAUGAAUGUGCAGAAGCAUGCGGAUAGCUUGGAUGAGACUGAGAUCUCAAUCCUAUGGUCCUCCAACGAGGUGCUAGUCCGGCACCUGUUGGACGAGCGGCCCGUGGAGCUGGCGGUCCGGCUGGCGCGGGACCACCCCCUCUCCCCCCCGCAGCUCACCACCAGCGGGGGGCCCGCGCACAACACGCAGUGGGUCACCGUGUAUCUGGCUUAUCAGACAAAAGGCCCUUAUAUCCGGCACCUGUUGGACGAGCGGCCCGUGGAGCUGGCGGUCCGGCUGGCGCGGGACCAUCCCCUCUCCCCCCCGCAGCUCACCACCAGCGGAGGGCCCGCGCACAACACGCAGUGGGUCACCGUGUAUCUCGCUUAUCAGAACGGCCGUGUCUUCGACGCGAUCCGCAUGUGGACGGAAGCGCUCGAACGCAAGGUGUCCGCCGCCCCCGUCUGCUACAUCUGCUACUGCCGCCUGCACCCGGCCUGCGGGCAGCUGCCGCGCCUCACGUGCCACCAGUGCAACAACAAGUUCCACACUGACUGCAUCCACAAGUGGUUCGCGAGCAGUCACAAGUCGAACUGUCCGCUGUGCCGCUCCACCUUCUGAUGCGAGCCCCCGCCCCCGCCGCGCGCCCCCGACCUCUUACUGCAGCUACCUACUUAGCUAUAGACAUUGUUACAUUUUAAUUGGACGACUAAUGAAGGUCCUAUAUCGGAUAGCAUUCUUGACGACAUCGUUGUCUGUAGAUGGUGUUUCAGAUAAACUGAACUAUCUUUCAAAGUGACCCUGUAUAAAUUUCGAAGCUCGUGUUACUCGUGUACAACCAAAAAAUUCAAAAUCUCUUUACAGAAAUUGCUACGUAAUUCAUUUUGGGGUUAAUUUCAAAAUAAUGUACUAAUGUGCCUGAAAUGAAAAAAGCUAUUGAAAUGUUUAAUAAUUGUUAGUUAUUUCCUGUUGUAUAGGUUUUAGUUGUAGUGUGGCUAGCUAUGGCGUGAGUGUUAGGUAACGACUGUAAAUAAAAUGUUAUUCUUGGAGAAUUCUAAAUAUUCAAAGUUAGAUAUUUAGAAUUUUAUGAUCAUACAAUGCAUUGCAAGCAAAGUUAUAGAUUGAGAAAUUUCAUUCAUUUUGAUAUUAUUAAGUAAUUACGUCAAAUAAACUGUACUUUGUACCUUACAUACAUGGAAAGAAACUCUAUAAAGCAAUAAUUAUGUAAAUAUUGUGGAUUGUGGAUUACUAGACUGUAUAGGAAUAGAGAAAGUAUAAAUUUUUCAAUCUUAUUUGCCAAUGUUUCCGUAGAGUAUAGAAGGUUGCAUAAUAUUUUGCAUCUUAAUAAAAAUUGUUAAAUUUA